AACUUUGAUUAAAUCUUAUCAAAAAAGUUAAUUUUUUUUAAUUAAUUAAUAGAUGACACACAAGAAAUAGAAGGCUGUCACCGAUUAGUAAAAGAAAUUUAAAUGCAGCUGAAAGAUGAAUAUAUUCUAUUUGGGUGUGGAAAAUAUUGGACUACAUCAUCGAAUUGGUUUCUUCAAAAGAAAUUAGGACGAAAUGUUUCAUCAUUGGAGAAAGAGAAAUAUUUUAAGCAAAUAGAUCGAGUAUCUGAAAGUCAUCAACUUAUCUAUUAUGUACCUAUGGAAUCGUAUCUUUGCUGGUCAGUUCGUUUAUCGACGUUUACUACUUCCCUAAUUGUAUUGGCCGCCAUGUAUCAAUAUACCUACAAUUUCGAUAUAUUAGAGUCGACUCAGUUUACUUUAAUAUUAGAAAAGGAUGAUAUAUACUAUUUUGCUGUUGGAUUUAUAACUAUUAAUGCGCUCGUCAGAUGGAUAAUUUCAAAGUUUCCUUUACGCAUCUAUAAAAUCACAAAUCAAUAUUUAGCCAUUUAUAACAAACAAUUGCCUGGAUUACGCCCACAACAUCAUUUUAAGCGAGGUGAUGUGAAAAAAGUUGAUUUUAUACUUAAUCCAUGGAAAAAUGCCACUUACAAGUUGGGGAAUCAAACAUCUUUGAUUUUGCCAGAUUACUUCAAAACGCCAUUCGAAUUUCAUCAAAUGUUUGAUUCCGAAAAAAAUUAGUAUUAAACUGAGCAAAGAUAAAUAAGUAUAAACAAUGCUUUUCCAAACAUUUUAAUCAAGCAUGUUUUUAUCAAGUUGAAUUCCUUAGAUAAGAGAUUGGGCGAAGGUUUUUUUUGUCCUGUUUUUAAAGACUGAUUUAUGGAAAAUGCACAAAGAGCUAUAAACUUAGUUAGUGGAAGACCAUUACGUCUAUAACGUAUGAUUUGUUCCGAUUCUUUAUUAGACUCCUUACGAAAUUUAAAGAAAAAUGCAUCGUCCAAUAGCUCACUAUUACCUGAAUAUGCAUGUGGUUAUGUCUUCUCCGUCGUUCAUAGAAUUCUUUACGAUCUCUCAUUCAUCGAAUUCAACAAUAGAUAGCCUAUUGCAAGAUUCGAUCCUCCCGAAUUUUGAAUAGAUUGGUUUGUGCAGUUUCAAGUCAAAUCGCUGUGUCGCAUUUAACUGAAGAUUUGCAACCGCAAGUCAAAUAUAAUUUAUAUCGCCGACUUUGGGUAUAAACAAUAAAAUAAAUGAAAUAUGAGAACAGUCGACGGAUUGAUCUCUUUGUAGAAGAGACAUGUCUAUCGAAAAUCUGUUUCUAGACUAAAUUCUAAUUUCCGAAUGUGCUCCGAUAUCGGUUCUUGAGCUGAAAAAAGCUUGUCCGCAAUAUUCGAUGUAGCCAAAAACAGGUUUUAUUCAAACA